AUGGCGAUCACUCGAGCAAGUGUUUUGCUGGCUAGAAAUUCAAUGUUUGGCAUUCAACAUCAAAUGGACAUGGUUUUGUUUUCCUCUUUUAACAUUUCUCCUUGUACAAUUAGCAAUAAGGUCUUGUUUAGUAAGAUUGAUCACUAUGCCCUCGCUUCUUUCAACGCCAUGAUUGGCAGGGAACCUCUCCCUUCUAUUGUCGAAUCUAAUAAUUUACUAUCGACAGUUGUGGACGUGAAAGAAUAUGAGACUGUGGUUUCUUUGUCCAAACAAAUGGAACUUGCUGGAGUUCCUCAUGAUGUUUGUACUCUUUACAUCUUGAUCAAUUGCUUCUGCCAUUUACGUUGUGUUGAUUCUGGGUUCCCUCUCUUGAGAAAUAUCCGUAAAUGCGGUUUUCAGUCUGGUACUUCAACAUUUACUACCUUAGUAAAUGGGGUGUGUAAAGAUGGUAUUUUGUAUCAAGCUUUGAAACUGGUUAAUGAAAUGUUGGCUAAGAGAUAUCGACUCAAUUCAUAUACUUACAGCACGAUCGCAAACAGCCUUCGUAAAGUUGGUAAAAUCAUUGAGGCAGAUGGAUUGCUUGGGAAAAUGAAAAGCGUAGGUUGUGUGCCAGAUGUUGUUGCAUACAAUUCACUGAUGAAUGGAUUUUGUUUCGCGAGGGCAAAUGGAUGA